GCUACUCUUGCAUUUCCAGAUCUUGCUGUAAAAAAUAUGUUUCAGUGUUUCAUUGUAGAUCUUUGUUUGCUCUUGAAGUCGUGUGUAAUCAAGGACCUUAUCUAAGUUUAUGAUAAAACACCACGUGUACACUAUCAUUCCCACGAAGUUCUGGAUUAUAGUUCUACAGUCCCUUCUGACUAUGAAAACAUGGCACUCGUCACUAGGUUUGUUUAUCGCUCGUUAAAGACUAUAAAAACGCCAGGUUACUGGGCCAAACUACCAACUCACCGUUGGACAACACUGUCGUUGAGAGCUCUAGCUACAACUUCUCCGAUGAGGACAGAAGAUAUUUUGUUUCGUCAGCUGUUCGAUCGAACCAGCUGCACAUACACCUACCUGUUGGCUGACAAGACCACUAAAGAGGCUAUUUUCAUUGACCCAGUCUUGGAACUAGUUGACAGAGACGUCAAAUUGGUGGAGGAACUAGGACUUAAGCUUGUCUAUGCUGCUAACACUCAUGUCCACGCUGAUCAUAUCACUGGCACUGGGAAGAUAAAGCAGAGGAUUCCUUCCUGUCAAAGUGUCAUCUCCAAGGUGUCCAGUGCUAAAGCUGACAUUCACGUAGAGCACGGGGAAAAGAUCAAGAUUGGUAGACAUGAGUUGGAAGUCAGAAGUACUCCUGGACACACCCAGGGUAUGCCUCGGAAAGAAUUUAUACCGGAAAUUAACCAAACGAACAGAGACGUAACAAUAUGUCUGUAUUGUACUCUAAUUAUAAAGAUAUUUCAUGUUUUUCUUACGGCUUUAUUCGUUCCUUUGUUACAUAAGCAGUCAUAUCAUUUUACAGGAAGCCCAGAGUUACUGUACGAGUCUGUACAUUCCCAGAUUCUAUCUCUACCAGACGACUUCCUGUUGUACCCAGCACACGAUUAUAAAGGACAAACAGUGACUACAGUCAUGGAGGAAAAAAAGUUUAAUCCAAGGCUCACCAAGACAAAGACUGAGUUUGUGAGCAUCAUGAAUAACCUAAACUUAGAUUUGCCCAAAAUGAUUGACCAAGCUGUCCCAGCAAAUAUGGUGUGUGGACUUCACGAUGUUGAUGAACAACAAUCAACAUAAAUGGAAAAAACCGUGAUGAUAAUAAAUUCAUUCUUCUUAAUGAUUAGAUGGACUUGUUACAAUAGUGAAAAUAAAGCUAUAAUGCUAAGUUAUAAUUGAAAGUUUUAAAAGCAGUGUAUUCUUGAUUACAUGGUUUUGUAUUAUCAGACUGAUAAAGAACAUUGGUUGUGUAGUGAACCAACACAUAUAGUGGAGAUCUUGGAAUGUUACAAUCAAUCUACGAUGUAUUUUUGUAAUAAAAAUUCUUUGUUAAUCUUCAAUCUUAGGACUGAAUCUAUAACCUAAGCAGUGUUACAAUCAAUCUACUAUGUAUUUUUGUAAUAACAAUUCUUUGUUAAU